AUGAAGCUCCUCCCGCUAUUCUACAGUUUGAGCUUGGCUCAAGACUGUAACAUACAAAAAUACCAAGGAAAUCUGCGCUUCUACGGCUGCCAAGUCAAAAGUCCGGAAGGCCUCUCCCUCGUCGGUGACAAUGGAAAAGAAAUCUUUGAUGGAGCGAAAUGCCGAAGAGCAGUUUGUGCAAAGACGAAAGAAAUCGGCAUGGACAUUUCCUGUGUCGAUGGAAAGCUAACUAACCUUCCAAAAUGCCCAGACAUGAAUUACAAAGAGGCUAAAACUCUUCUGUCAAGACUUUCAACUUCCGGCUCAUCUGGCUUAGCCCACACCACCGGUGCCGUUACGGGCCAAGCUCGGCCAUCGAGCUACCCGGACUCCGUGUUACUUUAUGGAUCGUUCACGCCGCGCAAGUUUGACGCUAAUAGGGUUAAAUUUCCCGUCAUGGGCGUCUACAAAAAGUACACCCAGAAAAAUAUCGCAACUCGUUUUACCGACGAUCACCCUGUGUACAAACACGAGUCCGAGCCGCUUUUCCUUGCGUACUACAGUAUGAACAAAUCGUGGAGAAUAACGAGCAAGGAAAAUAUUGCAAAGGACACCGCCUUCUGCCAGUUCAAAGCCGAUUACGGCGUGCUUCAUGAUCCGACCAAUUUUCCAACUUGGAUCUCCAGAGAGUGCUUCAUGAGCAACGAGUGGCGACCGACAGAUUUGAUCUUUACAGACGUAUCAUCCAACUUUCGAGUUCGCCAACGACUCUGUCCUGACGGAUUUUCUGGCCUCGUUUCCAAUGCUCAUUCGAUGGGAAGAUUGGAGAUCAAAAUCAAUGGAGACGGAUUCUCAAAGAGUUUUACUCUGAGCAGAGGCAUCGAAAACAAGGGUCUACCGAUCGAAGACGACUUCGGAGCAGUUGAUUUUGACAUUGAAGACAUCAAAAGUGUCGAAGGAAAAUUCGAGUCAACUGAUGCUCUCUGUCUCAGCGAGUUGACAAUUAUGAAGGGAGGACAGGCGUACAAUCUUCUGACAUUGGGUCAUGAAAGUUCGCGUCCUAAGGGCUUCACCAUUGGCACAACGAAAAAAUCGAAUGAUUGGAUGAUGGCUUGGUGGGACUCGAACUUCUGGUCUGAUGCUGCCUGGCCACCUGGAAAAGUUGCUCUUGUCAACAAGCAAGAUCCGAAAGACAUCCAAAAAACUGCAUUCCAUUAUUUCAAAUUCGUCGACAGCUUCCGCGAGUUCUGGAUUCCUCGCAGACUUGAAACUCUCACCAGCCCUCCUCCAGUAGCAACAACCAAACGACCACUCUACUCAUUCGCGCCGUUAGCAGUUACGUUGCCAAAAACAACGACGACCACUGAGGCGCCAAGAAAAGUAACAACGACACAGUCUCCUUCUUCAUCUGGAAGCUGGGUUGGCACAAGAGACUACUGCGAUCUAGGAGAAUUAGAUCGACUCGGAAUUCAUGCUUCAAUGUGCAAGUUUACAGCGAAAAAUCGUCAUCUGAAGCCAUCAGACUCUUCUUCAAACCAGGGUCGUUUCGGAGAGACAGUUCUCAACGGAGCCCAGUGCAAGUUCAGCUGCAAGGAUUACCCACGAAAGCCGUUCUCAAUUCCUGGCGUUCAAUGCUCUUGCUCCAGAUCGAACAAAUUUAGCUCACUUGCAGAGAUGCUCGCUUCGUGA